CAUACACGGAGAUCAUUCUUAGAAUUAUGUAAAACUCCGGGUAAGGUUUUGCUCGUACGUCAUGUUUUAUAAUUGACAUGUUUUUGUUCUUUUGUAACUUAACAGUCAGUAUUGGAAAGACUGGCUGUAGAGCGGAAUGGGGACUCGGCAUUGGGAUCCAGGAGCAUGAACAGACAUUACGUUUUUAUACUAUGAAGGGCGAGAAUUACAAAAUAGGAACAAUCUCUGCUUAGACUGAUCAAAUAAUGGUAAACGGGAUGGUGGACAAGCAGGGUCUGAGCCCCUCAAGAGGGAUCACUCCAGUGCAGCAGAUGCUGGCCUCUGGCACCGGGGCUCUCCUCACCUCCCUGUUUGUAACUCCAUUGGAUGUGGUAAAGAUAAGACUGCAAGCUCAGAAGGCCCCGUUCUAUAAAGCUUUGGCUGUAGAUUCUGUGCCUUGGAGCAAUGCUAUACGUCAGUCUAAGUGGAAAUGUAUCCUCUAUUGUAAUGGGCUGAUGGACCAUCUGUAUGUGUGUGAGAAUGGCACCAGUUGCUCCAGCUGGUAUAAAACUCCCACCCACUUCAGAGGCACUGUGGAUGCCUUUGUAAAGAUUACUCGCUAUGAAGGAGUCCGGUCUCUUUGGAGUGGACUUCCACCAACACUUGUGAUGGCAGUGCCAGCAACGGUAAUCUACUUCACCUGCUAUGACCAGUUGCGGGACUUCCUUCGCUAUGGAAUGGGGUAUCAGGGUAACCAGGUACCGCUUGUCGCUGGUGCCUUUGCUAGAUUGGGUGCCGUGACGGUAAUCAGCCCUCUGGAGUUGAUCCGCACUAAGAUGCAGUCCAGGCAGCUCUCGUACCGCGAGCUUGGGGUGUGUAUCCAGUCCUCUGUGGCUCAGGGCGGCUGGCUGUCCCUCUGGAGGGGCUGGGGACCAACCAUACUCAGGGAUGUGCCCUUCUCAGCCCUUUACUGGUUCAACUAUGAGCUGGUGAAGGCCCGCCUGUGUAAGGAGUAUAGUGUCCAGGAAGCCACCUUCAUGAUGAGCUUCAAUGCUGGUGCAAUCUCAGGCGCAAUCGCAGCUGUGAUGACCCUCCCGUUUGACGUAGUGAAGACCCGUCGACAGAUUGAACUGGGAGAGAUGGAGACACAGAAAGUUGCGACUAAGAGGCCUUCGUCCACAUGGCUGAUAAUGAGACGGAUCCAGGCAGAGUCAGGAUUUCGGGGGCUCUUUGCAGGGUUCCUCCCUCGAGUGAUCAAAGUGGCCCCGGCCUGUGCAGUGAUGAUCAGCACCUACGAGUUCGGAAAGACUUUCUUCCAGAAUCUGAACCGCGAGCGAGACCUGCAGAACCUGUGAACAAAGAGCAUCCACAGCAAGGAUAACUAAACAUGCACAACACCUCCGAGAUCCAAACAGUUUAACAAUAAAAAUGUACUUUACGCUGGCGUGACCUGAGCAAGCUGUGGUGUUCUGCAGUCUCCUGUGAAGAGGCAGACUUAUCUAGAAGACUCCUAACUGAGCCAUAUAUUUGGGAGUGCCACAUAUAGGAACUACUACCAUUUAGUAGUUAAGGAAAAGCCAGGGUUAAGAUAAGUUGACUUGCUUUCUUCUUUUUUUUUCUUGUAAGACUGAUGGCCAAGAAUUUUGACUUGGCUCUAAAGAUAUCUCUUAUUUGGUCACAGCAGAUGUGAUUCAAGAGAGUGUGAACCCUUUUCUAACGCUUUGGGUGUAGGAAUUAACCCAUUGUUGUGUGAUUUUUUUUUUUUUUUUUUUUUUAAUAUAUUUUUGUCUUUGUCAUAUAGCUGUUUUUGUAAUUUGGUACUAUAGUUUUUGUUUUAAAUCAGCCAACGCAACUGUCCAAGCAUCUAUUUUUAAGGUGAAAUAAUAGUGCUACUAUGUAGGAUUCCAGAAUUUUUUUAAAUGCUCUUAUCUACAAAUUCCGAUUUAACUACUUAGAAUAUUGAUCACUGCAAAUUAAAUUUAAACUUUAGCAAUAGUCAUGAUGCAGCCAUUAGUUCAUAUUAUUGUUAUUUAAACUGUUUGGAUCACCCAAUUGUCACGUGCUGGAUUGCAAGCCAAAAUCUGCAGGACUACUUCAACUGGAUGAGUUCACCCACAGUUAACAUGUGCCUUUCUUAAACCUGGCUCUGUUUCACCUGUGUCUCAUCAAGUGUCUCAACUGCUCACCCUAUUCUAUUAAAAAAAAAAUCUCGGAGGACAAGAAUUGAAUACAUUACAAUUGAAUACAACUGGUAUUUGUUUCUCAGGGGAGACACUCCCCUGGACUGUUUGAAACUGAAUUUAAACUUGCUUUACAUGGACCUGCUAGGUUUAUUAUCAAUGCAAGGACAACUGUGACAAGACACUGAAUACCCAGAUUGCUUUUCCCUUGCUAGCGCAUGAGAUGUACCCUUUCCAUUGAUUUUGCUGGAUAAUAAACAGGCCAUGUAAGGGCUAUAGACCCUGGUAACCAAUCCUGAAACAAGCAGCAAGGAACCAGGCUGAUGCUUUUUUUGUCAGCUGGAAGAAACUGAAAGGUGACACUGGAAAAACACAAAUCUGUUACUGGCUGCCUCCUUUUUAAACUGAAAAAAAUCCACAUUUAAUUUUAUCGUGAAAGAAACAAAGACUUACUAGAAUUUCAUAUAUAAUUAAUUAGUUGCUGCUGCUGUUGCUCCCUAGUACACAAUGUACAGCAUAAUGAUCUGUUGCCUGCUGUAUGUAAUCUUGGGGGAAUGCUGUAGGACUUUUCCAGUUGAGACCAUUGUUCCCAGUGCAUCUGACCAAGUGCAGCGCUGAGAAAAGUGGUAUCAGAACUUGAAAAAUACAGUAUUUCCAGACCAGUGACCCCAGUUGAUUAAUGAACAAGGAUGUUAAAAUAAGGUAUGAACCUAACCAUAACCCUAAAUUUUGUAGAACUCUAUUCUAAAUGGAAAGUUUAUCUAAAUAGAUAUUUAAUUAGUACCUUUUGAGUACAUGCAUUGACCAUCUGCAACCAUUUCAAAGGGUCUUUGUUUGAAAUGGACAUAACCAUGUUCAUUGCAUAAGGUAACAGAGCCACUUAAGUGAAAGGCCACUAAAAGCAUGCAUUUAGCCAUAUGGUUGUGGUAUUUAGGGAACGUAAUUGUAACUUGUGACCACUGUGUAACCUACUAUGGCCCCUAUGUACUGUAUGUGUGGAUGAUUAAUAUAACUCACAAUACACUGUGAAGCGGCACUGCAAACCUGUUGUCACCAGUAGAUUAUUAAAAAUUAAUGUAAUUUUAACAA